CACGUCUGCGGACAAGCACAUUGGGACACUCGUAUCGUAGUGGUCUUAGUUGUUGUUGUUAGUCGUUUACUUACUGUCACUUUUCGUUAUUCUAACCGGGUAAUGGACUGAUAGAAUGAAUCAAUGAAAAUUCAACAAGUUGUGAUUUUUCAAAAUGAGCUUUACAACAGUGGGUUUACUUAUUGAUGGCGUUAAAACUGACAUUGCUGUUUCAGAAUUUGUAGAUAGUUACUUCAUUGUGUUGACCCAGUUUGAGAAGUUGGGAGCCAUUGUCUCUGUGAAAAAGGACUCGUUUCAGACAAUCGAGGGGGAGCAGACAGUCUACAGUAUUAAGACGGACUUUGGGGACGAGGAAGGCCCUGGCCAGAUUGUAGCUCGUUAUUUGGUCGAACAGCUAAACAUCUCCAAACCUGUCGUGUUUGGUGUGUCUCUGCGUGAUAGCAGCCUGCGUACCCUGCGCGCACUCGUGGAAGUCCUGCGCCCUCUCAAAAACUGGUCAUGAAGGACGUAGUGCCAUUUGCGGGUGGCGUUGUGUCAACAACCAGAUUCGGACAGUUGGUCAUCGGUCCGCCCGGCAGCGGCAAGUCCACAUACUGCGACAGCAUGGCUAAACUGCUGACUGAGAUAGGGAGGAAGGUGGCCGUCAUCAACCUAGAUCCUGCCAAUGAUACACUGUCCUACACGGCUGCGGUAGACGUAUCUGAACUGAUCACAGUGGCUGAUGUGAUGGCACACGUCGAACUGGGACCAAACGGAGGCCUUGUCUACUGCAUGGAGUAUUUGGAGCAGAACAUACAGUGGUUAACCGAGCAACUCGACAAGCUUCCAGGACAUUACUUCAUUUUUGACUGCCCAGGACAGGUAGAGCUGUACACGCAUCACAACUCCAUGAAGAACGUGAUGUUGAAACUACAAGAGCUAAACUUCCGCCUCUGCACAGUGCACCUGGUGGACUCUCAUUACUGCAGUGAUCCUGGUAAAUUUAUCUCCACACUGUUGCUGUCCAUGACGGCCAUGCUGCAGAUGGAGUUGCCCCACAUUAACGUCCUGUCCAAGGUGGACCAGGUGGACAAACACAGAGACAGACUCAGGUUUGGACUGGACUACUACACAGAAGUGCUGGACCUACAAUACCUGCUGGACUCUCUCCAACAGGAUCCCUUCACUGCCAAGUACAAGAAGCUGAAUGCGGCGCUAGUGUCACUGGUGGAGGACUACGGACUUGUGUCUUUCCUACCGCUGAGUGUCAAGGACAAGCAGACGUUGUUGCGUGUGAGAGCAGCUACCGACCGGGCCGGGGGGUACGUGUAUGGAGCGGGGGAGGAGCGCAGCGUACAGGCCAUGCUGGCGGCGUGCGCGGUCGGAGCAGAGUGCGAGGCCGAUCGUACAGGCAGUGUUCGAGACAAGUAUACUCCCGCCGAUGAAGAUAUGGUCAUGUGCGAUACCGAAGAACCGAGUUAAUAAAUAUUUUGUUUUUUAAAUAA